AUGUACCGUGGUCUCGCCACAACUCAGGAACAGCCUCGCAUCCGUCUUGGUUCUGUUGCCCCUGACUUCAGCGCAAAGACGACCGAUGGUGACAUCAAGUCCUUCCACGAGUGGAUUGGCGACAGCUGGGCCAUCCUGUUCAGCCACCCCGCUGAUUACACACCUGUCUGCACCACUGAGCUCGGCGCUUUUGCCAAGCUGAAGAACGAGUUCGAUGCUCGCGGUGUCAAGAUGAUCGGCCUGAGUGCCAACGACCUCGGAUCGCACGAGGGUUGGAUCAAGGACAUCAACGAGAUCGCAAACACGAGCCUCCAAUUCCCCAUCAUUGCCGACCACGAUCGAAAGGUUGCCUUCCUAUACGACAUGAUCAACCAGGAGGACUUGGACGACGCAGCCAAGAAGAGCAUCGCCUUCACCAUCCGCUCCGUCUUUGUCAUUGAUCCCCAGAAGAAGGUCCGCCUCACCAUGAUGUACCCUGCCUCCACUGGCAGAAACAGCGCCGAGGUUCUCAGAGUCAUCGACUCGCUCCAAACAGCCGACAAGAAGGGUAUUGCCACGCCAAUCAAUUGGCAAGUUGGCGAGGAUGUUAUUGUCCCACCUUCGGUCUCGACUGAGGACGCAAAGAAGAAGUUCAACAACGUCCGUGAGCUCAAGCCUUAUCUUCGCUAUGCAGAGAUCAAGUAG